AUGGCCUGUGCAAGCAGCUCUCGAUCGCGCUGGCUCGCGGCGGUCUUCGUCGUCUCCAUCCAUGGCUGCGCGGCGUACCGGCCGCCGGUCCUGCGGCCGCCCCGGCUCGCGCAGCUCCGCGUCCGCGCCGCCGCCGUCGCCGUCCCCAAGCACCCAAAGACCAACUCCGUGGGCCUGCUCCGGCGCGUCCGCGGGUCGUCGGCGACGGCGCGCGCCGUGUUCAUCCCGGCCUUCGCCGUGGCCGUCGUCGCGUUCCAGAGCUUCACCUACCUCUGCGUGGAGACGGGCCACUUCCUCGCGGCGCUCGGCGCGGCGACGAACGUCGGCGACUCGAUGAUCGUGCAGCAGACGCCGGACGUGCUGGGCAUCAUCUUCUCCGUCUUCGCGUCGAACACGUUCACGGGCCUCUACGAGCAGCAGGAGCUGGCGCACGUCGCCGUCUACGCCGAGGUGUCCGUCGCGCGCGCACUCCUCGAGCAAUUGGUGCUCGUGCUCGGCGGGCCGCGCGAGCCGCGGUGCCGCGCGGCGCUCGCGGCCUACGGCCGCUACCUCGCGGACCUGCGGCUGGACGUCGGCGACCCGCGGCGCGGCCCCGCCGCGCGGCUCCACCUCGGCGCGCCCACGCCGCGCGCGGCGGCCGUCGCAAAGGGCGAGGGCCGCUUCGAGGACCCGCUCGAGGAGCUGCUCUACGCGACGUCCGUGGGCCUGCCGUCGCCCCACGUCUACGCGACGGUCAAGGACGUGCGCGCCGCGCGGUCGCGGCGCCUCGGCGCCGUCCAGCGGAAGCUGCCGGGCUUGCAGUUCGGCAUGCUCUACGCGCUCGGCGCGUCGCUCCUAUCGUCCUUCGUCAUCACCGUCGCGGGCUACGCGCCGGGCGCGAAUUUGGCCAUGGAGAAGUGGGGCUUCGCCGUCCUCGCCUUCGCGCUCGUCACGUGCCUCCGCGUGCUCGAGGACAUCUGGUCGCCGACGUCCGGCGCCUACUCCGUGAGCCGCGUGCUCGACACCAUGCUCGCGGGCCUCGAGAGCGAGCUCGAGGAGCGCCUCGCCGAGGAAGACGGGGGAAGCAUGGUGAUGGGGGCUGCAGCCCGGCUCCGCCUCGCGCUCUUCGCCGCCGCCGCCGCCGCUUGGCGGAUCUGCGACGUCGCGGACCACGGCGCCGUCGGCGACGGCCAGACCGACGACAGCCGCGCGCUGCGGAGUGCGCUCGCGGCCUGCGACGAGGUCGUGAUCCCGCGGCACCGCUCCUGCGUCAGCGGGCCCCUCAACCUCACGUCGAACCAGGUCCUGCGCGUCGACGGCGCCCUGCUCGCGAGCACGAUCCCGGCGCAGUACCCGCUCAUGGAGCCCGUCGUCGGCUACGGCUGGAGCCGCGACACGAACUGUUUUCCCGCGAACUCGACGCGCCGCGGCUUCCGCGAGGGCGCGCGCCGCCACGCGCCCGUCGUCGGCGCCUACAACGCGUCGAACGUCAGCGUCGUCGGCGGCGGCGUCAUCGACGGGCGGGCCGGCGAGCCCCUGGGCUGGUGGGACAACUGCACGCGAUGCCGCGGCGCGAGGCCGCCCGACCCGGCGUUCCCGCCCGACGAGGCCUUCUGCCUCGCCGCGAGCCGGCCCAAGCUCCUCGAGUUCCAGUACGUCACGGGCCUGACCGUCGCCGGCAACGCCGUCGGCGACCCGCUCCACCUCAAGGACUCGCCGUUCUGGACCCUCACGCCGAGCUACUCCCGAAACGUCCGCGUCCGCGACCUCCGCAUCACCGCGCCCAUCCGGACGCCCGGCAUCGGCAACACGGACGGCGUGGAGAACGUCUACGUCAACAACAGCGACGACGGCGUCUGCAUGAAGAGCGGCCUCGACGGCUUCGGCAUCAACCUCGCGAUCCCGACGGAGGACGUGCUCGUGCGGAACAUCACCUGCGGCGACCGGCGCGACGACGCGGGCCGCGGCGGCUUCGCCGUCGGGUCCGAGAUGAGCGGCGGCGUGCGCAACGUGACGUUCCGCGACAGCGUCCUCGGCGCCGGGCCGCAGAGCCGGGGCAUCGACGUCAAGACGAGCGUCGGCCGCGGCGGCUACAUCAUCGACGUCACGUUCGAGAACAUCCGCGCGCCGUCGCCCUUUCCGAAGGCGAACGUGAACGUCCACUCCGCGCUCCGCGACGAUCCCGACGUCCCCGGCGACGACCUCGUCCCGGUCAUCGGGAACCUGCGCUUCGCCAACGUCUCGGGUCCGAGCGGCUGCGGGUUUUCCUUCUGCGACAAGGCGAACGGCAGCGCGUGCUACAACCUCGUCGUCGAGGGCGACAGGCCCGACGGCUGCGUCGCGCCGGACCCGGGGCCGCCGCUGCCGGCCAUGACCUUUUCCUGCAAGCGCGUGGCUCGGACGCUCUUCGGCGAGAUCACGCUGCCCUGGCCCGUGUGCGUGCCGCGCGAGGCGCCCGUGAACGUGUACCGCGACUACCCCAACUGGGGACCCGCGCGCGUCGCCUACCCCUCCCUCGGCGCCUGCAAGGCCGCGUCGUGGUCGAAGGCGACGGUCGCGACGCAGGUCGCCCAGGCCGUCGUGAGCGCGGCGCCGCACGUGUUUUUCAGGAUUUUCCCGCGGAGCGCGCCCGGCGCGAGCGCGAUCCCGCCGGGCGAGGCCAUCGCGCUGUACGCCUCCUUCAUGACGACGUCGAUGCCCAAGCCCGCGGCCUCCUCGGACCAGUACCAGGUCUCGCCGCAGGCCACCGUGCCGAACAUGACGUGGUAG